AUGGAGAGUGGCGGGGCCUCCUCGGCCACCGAGGCCUACCAGUACGUCGGGCCUUUCAGAUUGGAGAAGACACUGGGCAAAGGGCAGACUGGUUUGGUGAAGCUUGGCGUACACUGCGUGACAGGCAAGAAAGUGGCCGUCAAAAUUAUCAACAGGGAGAAAUUGAGCGAAUCUGUGCUUAUGAAGGUUGAACGGGAAAUAGCUAUAAUGAAACUAAUAGAGCACCCCCACGUACUAGGCCUCUCUGAUGUGUACGAGAAUAAAAAAUAUUUGUAUUUGGUAUUAGAGCACGUGAGUGGGGGAGAGCUGUUCGACUACCUGGUGAAGAAAGGCCGCCUGACGCCCAAGGAGGCCAGGAGGUUCUUCCGGCAGAUCAUCUCCGCGCUCGACUUCUGUCACAGUCAUUCCAUUUGCCACCGCGAUCUGAAGCCAGAGAACCUCCUCCUCGAUGAGAGGAACAACAUCAAGAUAGCAGACUUCGGUAUGGCGUCUCUGCAACCAGCCGGUUCUUUGCUGGAGACGUCUUGCGGUAGCCCUCAUUACGCCUGUCCAGAAGUUAUACGGGGCGAGAAAUAUGACGGUCGCCGUGCAGACGUCUGGUCCUGCGGAGUCAUCUUGUACGCUCUGCUGGUGGGAGCUUUGCCCUUUGAUGAUGAUAACCUCCGUCAAUUACUUGAAAAGGUCAAAAGAGGGGUGUUUCAUGUUCCCCAUUUCGUACCGCCCGAUUGCCAGCAGUUACUCAGGGGGAUGAUUGAAGUCAAUCCGGAAAAAAGAAUGACGUUGGCUGAAAUCACGAGGCAUCAGUGGGUGACGGCCGGUGGUAGAGGAGAGCUGGAACAAGAGCUACCGAUGAUGGAGGUGGUCCAGACGAGAGUGCUGCCUUCUGCUGAUGCUAUAGACCCUGAUGUAUUACAGGCUAUCUGCAGUUUAGGAUGCUUCAAGCAAAGAGAUAAGCUAAUACAAGAGUUGCUGAGUCCACACCACAAUACAGAGAAAGUGAUAUACUUCCUAUUACUGGAGAGAAAGAGACGUCGUCCAGCCAGAGACGAUGAACCAAGGCCUCCGGCACCACCAGCUCCUGCUGAUCCGCCUAGAAAACGGCUGGAUACAUGCCGGGUGAAUGGUCAAUCAGCACAUUUCGGUCAAAUAAGCGAAGGUUCCCCAAUCACACCCCGAAGAUCACAGUUCAGAUCUGCGUCGAGUCGUCGAGCUGAAGGGAGGAGUUCACCCCAGUUGCCAGCCAGUCCGCCUUCAGGUCAUACUCCCCAUCGGGUUUCAUCGUUGGGUGGGACGCCUGCCACCCCAGGGUCACCUUUAGCAUCACCAUCUAUGAGGGAGCAUCAUCAUCAGAGAGCGAACUCAACGGGGCCUACGAUAAGCCUCAACAUAAGUGGGGAGCCUGGCGAAGCUGUGAUUAUAAUUAAUGAAUCGCCCAUAAUGGGCUCCUCCGUGGCUCACAGGCCGCAUAGUCCUUCGCAAUCGAGUAGGGUGAGAGAAAGGUCAUCUCUCCCCGGUCCGACGAGCAGUAGUCAGUCGCCAGCGCAACCUUCACUAUUCCCUAACUUAGGAACAAUUACAGGUGUCCCACCAGGUAGUUCUGCGGGUAACGCAGGCGCCUCAGCCCCAUGGCGAGUUAGAUUGGCGACAAUUAAGAAUUCAUUCCUUGGAUCACCCAGAUUCCAUAGGAGAAAAAUGCAGACAUCAUCUGAAGAAGUCCAUUUAACACCGGAAUCAUCACCGGAGCUAACUAAACGAUCGUGGUUCGGCUCCUUACUGCUCUCCGCGGAUAAGGAAGAGACGUUCACAGCUCUAGUCAAAGGGAAACCCUUGGCCACUGUGAAAGCGGACCUUAUACACGCGUUUUUAAGUAUAGCAGAGUUAUCUCACAGCGUGCUCUCACCGAUGUCUUUCCGAGUGGAAUACAAGAGGGGUUCCAACGCGCCUGCGAUGUUCCAACGGCAUGUUAGAUUUCAAGUGGACAUCUCUACGAUAACGAAAGCGCCCGGUGAGAACGGGAAGGAGUAUCUGUAUGCUAUCACUUUCACACUAUUAUCAGGUACCGGAGAAAUACCAGACAGUCCAGAAACGCCACACCAGCAGUCCGACCACGACAGCGACUCUUCAGUGUUCGACACGCACAAGAGUCCAAGUCACGCUUCCAUAGAGCAACUGGAUCAAAACGGCACUCAUCCAUUGGGCUCCAGUUCUUCUGUCACUAGCGGUUCUAGCGGAUACAAGCAAAGCGUGCGUCGCCGGAACGCCGAACCCGGAUCCGCGUCCCUCGACCACGAGAUCAUGAGUUGCCCUCGCGACCUGCCAGGAACUCAUACUAAGCGUUCCUCCUCCGAAUGUCGGGAGGCCAAUUCCUCCCCUCGAAGGGGCCUCGAUUCAAGGGACAGUUCUAUUAAAGACGAAUUACGAAGAAACAACUCGUUACGCGAGACAGGGAGGGCACUCAGGGACAGGGACCCUACGACGUCUGUUGCGUGA